AAGUUCGCCUUCUACCGUUUAUAAGGUUAAACUUAAUGCUAUGGUGGUUCCUAAUGAUGGCACUAUAAAAAAUGAUUUUAUCACGGUCAGUAUUCCUUACAAUCAAAAUUUCUGUAGUCUCAAAAAAGAGGUCCUUAAACAUACGUCCUUCCAAAACUUUGGAGAGGAUCAAAUCACUGUCGGGAAAUUGAACGAUGAGGCGGAAAUUGAGGAAGUGUUUGAAAAAUACAAUAAGGAGAGGGAGAUAAGGAAAGUGGGCGUUACUGAAGGC